GUGUAGCCCACCCAGCUCAGCUUUAAGAGGCGCCGUAGAGAGACUGAGCUCUCAUCCUGCUCUCAGCCGGGACAGCCAAGGUCUACCCGGAGCUGGUCUUAUCUCUGUGUUGAAGGCUGAACCUGGACCUGGGCCAGACCAGGUCUACCCGGAGCUGGUCUUAUCUCUGUGUUGAAGGCUGAAGCUGGACCUGGGCCAGACCGAUGCAGCCAGGUCUACCCGCAGCUGGUCUUAUCUCUGUGUUGAAGGCUGAACCUCGACCUGGGCCAGACCGAUACAACCAGAUGGCCGUGGACAGUGGUAAGACCGUAGUGCUGGCAGCACUGGGCCGGCCCUUCAGUCUGGGGAUGCUCUACGACUGUCGCAACGACUCACUGAUCCCUGCUUUGACACUUUGGGACCGGGAAGCCUUAGAGAAAGUAGCAGAUGAAAGACACCAACCCAACAAUGACUUUGAAAUAGUUGCAUCUGACUCCAUCGAAGACAAAUCUUCUGCAUUGAAUGUUGAAGCUUCACUGAAAGCCAGUUUUCUGUGUGGACUCAUUGAAAUAGAAGGCUCUGCUAAGUUUCUCUCAGAUUCUAAGAUCUCCAGAAAUCAGGCUAGAGUGACACUAAAAUACAAAACCACCACCAAGUUCCAACAGCUGUCAAUGAAUCACAUUGGCAGCGGUAAUAUGAAGCAUCAAGAUGUUUUUGAGAAAGGUCUAGCAACACACGUAGUGACAGGAAUCCUUUAUGGGGCACAAGCCUUCUUUGUGUUUGACCGUGAAGUGUCAGAAAAGGAAGAUAGGCAAGAAAUCGAGGGCAAUCUAAAGGUGCUGAUGAAGAAAAUACCCACCUUGAAGAUAGAAGGCCAAGGUUUUCUGGAAAUGGGAGAAAAGGACAUUGCAAAUGUUGAAAAGUUCUCUUGCAAGUUCCAUGGGGACUUUAACCUUGAGAAAAACCCUGUGUCUUUUAGGGAGGCAAUAGAAGUCUAUCAAAGCCUACCUAAGAUGUUGGGAGCCAACGGAGAGAAGGCAGUGCCUCAGAAGGUCUGGUUAAUGCCACUGAAGACUCUAGAUAAUAAAGCUGCUGAACUGGUUAGACAGAUAAGCUAUAGAUUAGUCAGCGAUGCUCAGAAGGUCAUGGAGGACCUCAGCGAGCUGGAAAGGAGAUGCAACGAUGCAGAAAGACGCACAACAGCCAAGCAAUUCCCACAGAUUAACAAAAAGUUAAAGGCUUUCAAAGAGCUGGUUUCUCAGUACAAACUGGAGUUCCAGAAUAUUAUGGCAAAGAAACUCCCAAAGAUCAGAGGAGGAGGAGAGGAUGAAAGUGUUCUCGCAAAGAUCCUGAAAAAGGUACAUUCCUCUCCCUUCAAAAGUGGUGAACUGAAUGAGUGGAUGGAAAGCAAAGAGAUAGAAAUCCAACUCAUCAGCUCUCUGAUUGACAAAAUGCCCAACAUGACGAUCGUCACUAGUCGCAGCACUCUGCACCAUGAGAUCCACAGCGGAGAUAUCACAUAUGCUGUGUGCUUUGUCUUUACCUCCCUGGAAACCCCAGAGCCUUACCUUUCAGCUCUGUCCAACUACUUGGAUGAAACCCAAACAGACAACGUGCCAUGUGCAUAUGAUGUAGAAGAGGAACAGUGGUUCUUCUCAAAUGACGUAAUGGACAAACUGAAAGACAAAGAAAAGCUCUUCAAAGAUUUUGCAGAAGCCAACAAGGAGAACAACAGCAUCAGAUUUCUAACAGCUGCGACAAGAGAUGAUGAGAAGAAAGGUGCAACCCUCCACCUCUACAAGGAUGGCUCCUUAGUCACUGACAACUUUGAACCACCUUCAAAGCCAGAAAUGAUCACAGGUGACAUAACCCAUAACAGUGUAACACUGAAUAUUUCCCCACCUAGAUUUGGGUUGACAACUGUCAACCACUACACUGUUGAGUUCUGUGUCCAUGGAGGCGAUGAUUGGCAUCAACAAAUAGUGAGCAAGGCUGGGGAUGUCACAGUGUCCGGCUUACAGAUUAAUGAAGAGUAUCAGUUCAGGUGCAGAGCCAAGUGCGCAGUCGGCUUCGGUCCGGCCUGUGUAUCUUUAAUUAAAACUUUACCAUCCAGUAAGGUUUUAAGUUCUACAGAUCUUUCUAAGAGGUUAGCAGAAGCUGUUAAGAAUGAAGGCAGGAAGAUUAAAGGACCUUCAGGUACUCUGGACGUUUACACUCUUCCUCUGAAUGCCCAGUCCAUGAAGGUAGAGGGAUGCAAGUGCUUCUCAUUUGGAAAAGACUUUGGUAAAAAGAAUCGCACCAUAAUAUUUCUAGGAGCCACUGGGGCAGGGAAGUCCACCCUGGUCAACAGGAUGAUCAACUACAUCCUGGGGGUCACAUGGGAAGAUACCUUUAGAUUCAAAUUGGUAGACGAAGGUUUGUUGAAGUCUCAGGCUCACAGCCAGACCUCUAAUGUCACCGUGUACAAGCUCAACCACCGAGAGGGCUUCCAGAUCGACUACUCCCUGACUAUUGUUGACACACCGGGUUUCGGAGACACAAGAGGCAUAGAGAGAAAUGGGUUGAUUGUAAGUCAGCUACAAAGCCUUUUUUCAGCUGAACAUGGAGUCCGAGAGAUUGAUGCCAUCUGCGUCGUGGCCCAAGCGUCUCUCGCUCGGCUUACACAAACACAGAAAUACGUCUUUGACUCAGUGAUCAACAUAUUUGGCAAAGAUGUGGCAAAGAACAUCCGGAUUUUGGUGACAUUCUAUAACGGCACAGAUCCACUGGUUCUCAAGGCGAUCAAUGAGUAUGGGGUCCCAUGUCUUAGAGAGAAAAAUGGUUUACCAAUUCACUUCAAAUUCAAUAACGCUGACAAAAAGAUACCUGGUGCAAACAACGAUGAUGAGAACAAUGACAAUGAUGAGAACGAGGGGGUUGACAUGGAUCAAAUAUUUUGGGACAGGGGAACCAAAAACAUGGUCAAAUUCUUUGAUGCUCUGCAAGUCAUUGAGACCAAGAGCUUGACCUUAACCAAUGAGGUGCUCAGACAGAGAUCGCAGCUGGAGAUCUCCAUUGAGAAUAUCCAGAUCAAGAUGGAAUUGUCUUUAGCUAAACUUGACGAGAUUAAACAAGAAUCUCAAAUUCUACAAACACACCAAUCAGCGAUCACAGCCAAUGAGGAUUUUGAGUAUGAUGUCUUUGUCCCAAGGCCUGUUAAUGUCAUAGCCAAAGAAAAAUCACUUAACUGUAAAAAUUGUAAUGUCACUUGCCACAAAUCAUGCACAACGGCAUUUGGUGCCUGUUACUUUUGUGAGGUCUUUACCGGACAUUUUUUUGAAGCAAGAUGUAAAGAAUGUGAAAGUAAGUGCCCAGUACCGACGCAUAGCCGUGAUUAUUUCUACUGGGGUUCUGAGCUGGUGAAAGAGAAACGAACCAUCAAGGCACUGAAAGAAAAGUUUCAGAAGGCCUCUAAGGAAGCCAUUUCCGUUGCAGACAUCAUCAAAAAGAUGACAGAGGAGCGCGACUGCUUAGAGGACGAGGUGGUCAAGCUGAUAGAGCGCUCAGCCAAGUGUCAAAACCGCCUGAAGGAGAUUGCUCUGAACCCCAAUCACCUCUCAACAUCUGAAUACAUCGAUCUGCUGAUAGAGGGACAGAAGUUAGCGGCCAAGCCUGGCUACCAGGAGCGCAUCAAUAAACUCCAGGGCAUGAAGGAGAAAGCCAUUAUGGGAGUUGCUAGUGGGGCCACGGUAGCCUCAAUGUGGGGGCAGGACAGUCCAGGGGUUAGUACCUCUCCAAGUGCAAAAGGGACUGGGCCCAUUCAGUAGCAUGUGUUUACAUAUUAAAGCUUUUGAUUUGUAGCUAGGUUUUAAAUUUAAUAACAAGGUUGCUCUUGAUGAGAAUUAAUAGAGUAAUGAAAGUGCUACAAAUUAAACAUGUCGGUAAAAAUGUUUUGUUAAAAAAUAAAUAAUGAUAUUGGGUCGCCAAUAGGCAGAGUAAAAUGCAUAAAUACGCUAUAUGUGAAAUAAUUUUCCUAAUUAAAAUUGAGGUGUGAUUGUUGAGGUCAGUUGCUUUUCGGCAACUGAGCUGCACCCUCCCUCUCUCUCUCUUCUGGUGAACCUUGACCUGACAACCUGUUCGCUCUCUGGCUGAGAUAACUUGAAAUGAAAAAAAAAAUGUUUAUUACCCUGAAUGUGUUUUGGUUUAUUUGGUUCUGUUUAUUUUAUAUGCUUGGCUGGACUUUCCACUCCAGCUGGAACACUGAGUCACUGAGUGUAUUGACUUACUGCUUCUUUGUCCUCAUUUUUCAAAUUAUGUGUAUGUUAACUUAACAUACACAUCAGAACAUUGGAUUAUGUAAUGUACAUUUACUUUUUUAAUUCAUGGUUUGUUGUGUUCUUUAUCAAUGGUUUAUAAAUGUAUAUCUUAUGGCAAUUCAUGAUGCAUUCUUGUUAAGUUUGGUUCCCAGGGAGACUCCAAAUGUCUCUUUUGGAUCUCUAAGUGAAAAGUUUGGAACCUGUGUAUUAGAGGAGAAGAACAAAUGCUCUCAAAACAAUAUUUACUAAAGUAUAAUGUUGACGCAUGUGUGUUACCUGUGUGUUACCAUUGCAUAUUCUCAAAUAUUUGUUUAAAGAUUUAUUUUGAAAGCUGCCCCUUCGGUUCAGUAUAAACGAGUUCAUGAAACCACCAGCAGGUAGCGACAAAAGUCAGAUGGGUUUUGUGUUAACUUUGUAUAACAGACGCUAACAUUUAUCUCCCCAUGCCACAGCCCUUCAUUAUUAUGUCAACAGAAGGUACAAUUCCCAAUUGACAAAGCACUCUUUGUGUCCCUAACACAACACUCCUUAAAUAAUAAAACCUUAUGUGGGACAUGAA